AUGUCAAUACAACAAGUCUUCAUUAUAAGUAGAGCUGGAAGUCUUAUUUAUGACUGGGAGGCCAAAACAGAUGUGGUGGAAGUGGAGCGGAUUUGUGAAUACCCUUUAGACAUUAUUUUGGAAGAAGUAGAUCAAAAAGCGAUGGUGGUCUUCGGAGAGAAAGAUGGCACGAGAUUUUUCGUUGAUGAUACAGAGCACAAUAUUCUGAAAUAUUUGGAGGAUGAGUCCAACUUUCCGGUCAGCAUACGGUUCUCUCCUCCGUCGGUUUCCACAAAUGAGAAAAUCAUACUUUCUUCCAUGUUUCAUUCAUUGUUUACGAUUGCUGUGCAAUUGAGCCCAGCUGCUCGGAGCUCCGGAAUCGAGGAGUCAAAUUUGUUCGUGGUUACGUCGCCUUCGGCUGCGAUUCCCAUCGAAUCUCUUCUUAACAAGCUUUAUGAACUUUAUGCUGAUUACGCCCUGAAAAAUCCGUUCUACGCAAUUGAUAUGCCAAUCAGAUGUUCAAAAUUUGAAGAAGGUCUGAAGUUACUUUUGGAACGUGUUGAUAAGAAUUCAACUUCCGUCACGAUCUAA